CCUGCCAUUUUCUAUUGAAAUUAAAAAAAAACCGUUAAGAAAUUUUAAGUUUUACUGACGUUAUUUUUAUAAAAAAUGGACGUAAUUUAAGCAAUUGGAUGGUUAAAAUAAAAAGUUUAAAUAAUAUCAAAGUUAAUUAAUAAGCAAAAUGUAAUAAAUCAAAGGCUGUUUGAUUACUACUGUAAAUAAUCAGGAGAGAAUUUUUUAUUGUUGUAUUUAUCAACAAUACGAUAAAAAAUUUAAAUAAACUACAAAAUGAGCACUCUGCCGGAAAUAGUAGACAUAACUAGCGAUGAUGAAACUUCACAUGUAGAGAACCAGGAUGAAGAAGUUGUUCUUGUUUACGAAGCGGUGGCCAAAAAACAUUCAGAAAAUAAUGUUCUUAAUUCAUUGUUUGCGCUUACAAAUCAAUGCCGUUUAUAUAAUAAUGGCCCGUCAGUUAUUCCGGCAGUACAAAGAAUGAAAAUGUUGAGUGAAUGUUUAAUUUUGAAUCGUCUUGCAAUGCAAAAUAUACGAGCAUUAACAAAUAGUAUUAACUCAAGAGUUAUCGUUGCCAAUCAAAGUUCAAGAUACUCUAACUCUAAUAAUUCUUUGACUUCUACUGCUUCUACUCGUAUUACUGGUAGCGCAUGUAUCAAUAGUACUUGUACUAGUAGUAAUACUAGUAUUUCUACUAGUAGUACUACUGCUAGUCCUAUUUCUAAUAAUAGUUUCCUGCCGGGUGAUGAUAAAAAUAAAAUAAAGCUAGAAGAAUUGAAAAAUAAUCUUGAGACGAUCAAUGAAUUGAUAAAUAAAAUCAAUUCUCAGAGGGAAGAUAAAGAUAAAGACAAAGCAAAUGAUGCAGUUGAAAAAUUGGAUGUCAAGGAUGAAGAGAAACAUUCAACACAAAAUGAUUGUAGUGAAGAAAAUUUAGUACCGGUUGAUACUGACAAUUCGAAGAAUGACAAGAAUGAUCUUGUUCUGAACAAUGGAGCUAGUGGCCUAUCAAAUUUGCUGGUACAAAUUGAUGAUGUUACUGAUAAUUCAAAUGCUGGAACUGCACAUGAAAAAAACACUGAAUCAGUAAAACCAGUUGUUGAAUCAGUGAAACCAAUUUUCGAAUCAGUAAAACCAAUUACUGAAUUAAAAAUUGAUAACGUUUUUAGUUUAAAAGAUUUAAAUAAAUACAAUAACACAGAAGCAAUUGAUAACAGUCAGGAGUCAUUGGAAAAUCAACCAGUGGCUGAAUCUAAAGAUAAAAAAUCUUAUAAAUUAGCGAUUCUGUUUAAAAAACGUGAGCGUAGUCCUGUUAAAAAUAUUCACGAUUGUAAAGAAUGUGAGAAAGAGUUUGACUAUUCAUCAGCAGUGAAUUUACGCAUUAGGAAACAAGAUGGUGAACGUUUCUAUAAAUGUCCGCGCUGUUCUUAUGUUAGCACUUGCCUGAAGAGUAUUAAAAUUCAUGUCCGGUCUCAUACAAAAGAAAAGCCAUACGAGUGUCAUGAAUGCCGAGCGAAAUUUGCUAACUCUCGUAGUCUUUUAAAGCACAAGCACGAUGUUCACUUAUGGCGAUUGUCUGGUAAUAAUCACUUGAGAUGCAGAAUUUGCAAAGAAACGUUUCGAGACCAACGAAGUUUAGCGAUUCAUUUUAGUGCCCAUAAGAACGGAGAUUAUUAUGAAUGCAACAUUUGUCAAUAUAAGAAAACGAGGGCAAGUUCGCUAGAGAACCACAUGAACAAGCAUGUUGAUGACAGCUUGUUUAUUUGCAAUGAUUGCGGGAAAUCAUUUCAGCAGAAAGGACUAUUGAGAGAGCACUGGAGAUUUUACCAUAUUUCACAAUUGCAAAGCAAGAGAUACAAGUGUCCGGAGUGUCCUUAUAAUUUUGUUCACUACCAAUGUCUUAAUCGUCACAGAACUAACAAUCAUUGAGUUAAAUUUCCGUUGCAGAAUUUAAUUGUGAUUUGAUUGUUGGAGAAAUUAGUCACGAUUAAAUAAUUUAGUUUGCACGGUAGACUUAUUGGUUGGAUUUAAAUAAUUUCGAUUAUUACAUUACUUUAUUGCCUUUGAUAAUUUUUCAUUUAUCUAUAAAAAGAAAUUUAAAUAUUAUUAUUAUUAAAAUAU